UCCUGGACGUUUGGAAUGGACCAGCUUGAGGUGGAUGCAAGGGAAGACUGGGAGAAAGGGGGGCUUCUCAGGGGUGGGGGUGUGGGCCCUUCACUCAGCCUGGCUGCUCCUUUUGGGGUUCUGCUGCCCCACCCUCCAUAGUCCCCCCUCCCUGGCACUUCUUGACCCAUGCCUCCUGGCGCAUGUCACAUACUCUCACACCUCUGGCCUCCUGUCCCUCCCUCUUGCCCUGCCCAACCUGUGACUCUGGCUUCCACUGGAGGGACCCUGACUCUGGGCAGUCAGCUCUCCAGGAGGUAGAGGGGAGGAGGGUUGACAGACUGCCCUUUGGCCAACUCCCUGUGGUCACCACGCACCACCCACCCAGCAUCAUCACCGCACCCCUUCCCUGGGCCAGAUGUCAUUCUUCCCCAAGGCAAAGGUCUCCCCGGGGUCCUUUUAAUAGUUGAUUCCUCCCUGGGAGCUCUCAUUUCUUAGUCCCUCCUGGCGAGGGAAGGCCCUGUGGCCAGGGCCCCACUCUUCAGGAGAUGCUGGUGAUCUGGAUCCUGCCACUGGCUGUCUGGUUCUGGGCAACUGCCACAACAGUAAUAUCGUCAGAGGGAGCCACUUCUACUACGGAUAAUGGAAGUGCUGCAUCCCCUUCAGGUCCUGGCCAGCUGUCUACCACCCCUACUGCUUCAGCACAGACAGCCACAGGCCUAACUCUAACUGAGGGGUCCACUGUCUAUACAGGCACCCCUGGUUCAUCUAAACCUACUGUUACCUCCAACAGCACCGACGCCAAGGAAGAUGCAUUUUCUGCCUCCCCCUCAAGGCCUGGUAAAUCCUUUAGCACUGGAGGUGGUCAUGGACAGACAACCACAUCUUCUCCUCCAGGAUUCACUUUCUACACCACCACCUCAGAGGUGUCCACACCACCGUUUUCUGCCCACCCUUCGUACAGCACAGACAAGGCAAGUCCUGCUUCCCCAUCAAGCCCCAGUGAGCUGUAUACCCCCACUGUGGCCUCUGAACACACCACCACAACUUUCACAGAGGGGCCAACCAUCUACACCACUGUGUCUACUUCAUCCCAAUACACAGUUUCUUCCUACAGCUCUCAUCCCACAGGCAUGGAGAAUUCUACAGCCUCAUCAAGCCCUGGAGAGGCUUCUACCAGCUCAGUUGGCUUAGGAUUGACAACCAGUAGCGUCAACCCAAGAUCCACAGGCCACAGCACCAUUUCUGAUUAUUCUCAAUACACAGACUCAUCUGCAACCACAAUAGGGAAUAAAAGUCGUACAUUUGUAUCAAGCCUUGGUGACUCCUUUACCACCUCCAGUGGUGAUGGACCACUGCCCAUGUCCACUCCUGAGGAACCUCUUGUCUCCACAACCAUCUCAGAGUCCUCAAAACACACAGUAUCUUCUCAGAAUCUAAGUUCUUCUACUCGCUCAAGUCUGGAUGUAUUUUCCACCACUUCUCUGACCACCGGACACAAUGCAACAACUUUUACUGAAUUUCCGUCUGUCUUCCCAAGCAUCUCUGAAAUGUCCAAGUCAACUGCUCCCUCUGGAAGCUCUUAUACUAGAGAGGCUGGAAGUGCUGCUUCCCCUUCAAGCUCGAGGCAUCUGUCUACUACUCCGACUGUCUCAGCACAGACAACUGAAACCUUCACAGAGGAAUCCACAGUGUACACAGGCACCCUUGGUUUGUCGAAACACACAGUUAAUUCCGACAGUACCACUACCAAGGAGGAUGGAUUUUCUCCUUCUACAUUAAAUCCUAUUGAUUCCUUUACCACUAAAGGUGAUAAUGGACAAAUGACCACGUCCUUUCUUCAAGGAUCCACUUUCUACAAAACUACUGCAGCGUUUUCCACUGAGUUUUCCUAUAGGACAGACAAAUCAAGUCCUGCUUCCCCAUCAAGCCCCAGUGAAGUCUUGGCCACCCAUGCUGUCUCUAAACAAACCAGCCUAACUCCCACUGAGGGGCCAACUGUCUAUAGCACCUUUACUGCUUUUUCCAAAUCAACGGUUAUCUCUGAAGCUUUUCAUACCACAGACACUGAGAGCUCUACAGACCCCUUGAGCCCUGGAGAAGUAUCUAUUAGCCCGGUGGUCCCAGGAUUGAUGACCACUAUAGUCACCCAGAAAUCCACAGGCCACAGCCCCAUCUCAGAAUGGUCUCAACACACAGACUCGUCUGCAACCACCUUUACCAAGGAGGAAGGGAGUCCUGGGUCCACAUCAAGUCCUGGUGAAUCAUUUAUUACCUCCUCUGGUUAUGGACAAUCAGGUAUGCCCUUUACCGUGGAAUCCAUGGUCUCCACAAUCCUCUCUGAUUCACCAAAUCCUACAGUUUCACCUGACAAAUUCCAUACUACUGACAUGGCAAGUCACCCAUUCCCUUCUGGCCCAGGUGAGUCAUCUAUCAGCACACGGGACUCUGGACAAACAGCCACGGCACUCACUGAGGAGGUAACUCUCUACACACACAUUUCAGAUUUAUCCAUACCAACUGUUUACCACGUAACCUCUCAUUCUACCAAUACUGGGAGUGCCGCAUCCUCUUCAGGUCCUGGCCAGCUGUCUACUACCCUGACUGCUUCAGAACAGUCAACCAUAGGCCUGUUUGAGGGAUCCACUGUCUAUACAUCUAAACCUACAGUUACCUUGGACAGUGUUGUUACCAAGGAAGAUGGAUUUUCUGCUUCCACAUCAAGGCCUGGUGAGUCCUUUGCCACCGAAACUGAUCAUGGACACGUGACUACAUCUUUUUCUACAGUAUCCACUUUCUACACUACUUCAUCAGAGGUGUCCACACCAGCAUUUACUGUCCACCCUUCAUACAGCACAGACAAGGCAAGCCCUGCUUCCCCAUCAAGCCCCAGGGAGCUGUCUACCCACAAUGUGGCCUCUGAACACACCACCACCGCUCUCGUUGAGGAGUCAACCAUGUCUCUUUCACCCGAAUCCACAGCAUCAUCUGAGGCUUCCCAGCUCACAGGCACUUGGAGUCCUAUGGCCCCAUCAGGUCCUGGUGACUCGCCUACUGCUUCCAGCGGUGGUGGUCACAUCACCAGGUCCUUCAUUGUGGAACCCACGGUCUCCACAGCCCUCCCCAACUCACCAAACCCUACAGUUUCACCUGACAUCUUCCAUACUGAUUACACAGCAAGCCCUUCAUCCCCUUCUGGUCCUGGUGAGUCAUCUGCCAGCACUCAGGCCUCUGGAAAAACAGCCAUGACAUUUGCCAAAGAGACAAGUCUCUACACACACAUUUUAGGUUUGUCCACAACAUCGGUUUCUUUGGAAACCUCUUCUCCCAGGGAUGAUGGAAGUGCCGCAUCCCCUUCAGGUCCUGGCCAGCUGUCUACCACCCCUACAGCCACAGGCACCGCUGUCUAUACAGGUACACCUGAUUUAUCCAAAUCUACAGUUACUGUGGAGAUGAUGGUCACCAAAGAGAAUGGAUUUUCUGCUUCCACAUUAAAUCCCACUGAAUCCUUUACCACCUCUGGUGGUGAAGAACACUCAACCACAACCUUUCCUAGAGGAUCCACUUUCUACACAAUAAGCUCUGACUUAUCCACAUCAAUAUUUCCUACCCACGCUUCCUACAACACAGACAGUGCAAGGCCUGCACCUCCACCAAGCCCUACCGAGCUCUCAACCUCCUCUGUGGUCCCUGAACAAACCACUGCUCUCACAAAGGAGACAGCCAUCUUCGUCACCUUUUCUGAUUCAUCUCAAUCAACAGUUUCUCCCUACAGCUCCCACCCCAUAGGCACUGGGAGUUCUGCAGCUUCAUCUAGCUCUGGAGAGGCAGCUACUAAUUCAGCUGUCUCAGGACCAACCGCCGCUACAGUUGCCCUGAAACCCACGGGGCACAGCACUAUCUCUGAUUCUUCUCAACCCACAGAUUCAUCCACAAUAACCUUCACCAAAGAGGGUGGAAAUCCUGUAUCCGCUUCAAGCCCUGGCGAGUCCUUUACCACUUCUGCUGUUGAUGGACCAACAGCUCUUCAUCCAGCAACCACAUUCUAUACAGUCAUCUCACAGGUGUCCACGCCCACACUUUCUACCCACCCUGCCUACAGCACUGCUUCCCCAGCAAGCCUCAGUGGCCUCUCUACCCCCACUGUUCUCUCUGAACAAACUACUAUGAUUCCCACAGAGAGGUUAACUGUCUAUACCAGUAUUUCUGAUUUGUCCAAAUCUACAGUUUCCUCUGAAACUUCCUUUACCAGAUCUGAAGGGAGUUCCGUGUCCUCUUCUAGCUCUGGUCAGCUGUCUACAACCACGGGUGUCUCACAACAUUCAUCCUCCACCCUCAGUGAGGGGUCUGCUGUCUAUACAGUUACCCAUGAGUUCAAAACUACAGUGACCUCAGACACCACCCUUCCCAAAGAGGAUGCAAGUUUUGCUUCAACUUCAAGUUCAGGUGAAUCCUUUUCCACUAUAGGUGGAUAUCAAAAAACACCCACAUUGUCCAUUCCUGUGGAAUCCACUGUCUCCGCAGUCCUCUCAGAUUCACCACUUCCGACAGUUCCACAUGACACCGUCUAUACCACUGAGGAUGCAAGUCUUUCUUCCCCAUCUGGUGCUGGUGAAUUAAUUUCCACCACUUUGGUCUCUGGGCAAACACUCACAUCCCUUCCUCAAGCUUCCAACGCUCACACAGACGUGUCUGAUUCAUCUCAUCCCAUGAGUUCAGCUGUUCCCUCCUCCACCAUCAAUAGAAAUCCUGUUUCCAUAUCAAGCCCUGGUGAAUUAUCUUCCAUCACCUUGAUCUCUGGACAAACAACUACAGUUUUCACAGAGAAGCCAACUCUCUACACCACUGUGUCCGUUGUCUCUGGUCCUGUGGUUUCUGGUGGUGCCACCUCCACCCCUCCUAGAGGCGGCCCUGCAUCUCUGCCAAGCUCUGGCCCCUCACCUUCCACUACAGUCACCACCUUCGCUAAGGCCAGUGUCUUUACCACCACCACCUAUUCCUCCAGCACAGGUGCUUCACCUGAUGCCCCUAACACAGCAGAAGAUCUUAAUCCAUCAUCCUCAUCAAGUCCCAUCCAUUCCUCUUCCUCCCCAGCCACCUCUGGAAACAUACCCACCACCUUGGGUGAGGAUUCCACUCUCUUCAUCACCAGCAGUGGUUCUACCAAACCAACAGUUUCUACCUCCAUCCCUUCAGCCACAGACAACCCUAGUCCUGCAUCCCCAUCAAUUCUCACGCCCUCCUCUACAACGACAGUCAUCUCUAGACCGAAAGUCACCACCCUCAGUGGAGGAUCUACAGUCUUCCCGAGUGGUGUAGGGUCACCAAGCCCAACAAUGUCCCCUGACAGCUGCCAGACCACAGUCCCUAGUGCCUCCUCGUCAGCCUCAGCUAUCCCUGACUUCUCCUCCAGGCCAGCCCCGGACUAUUCUUCAGCCAUUAGAACCUCCGGGUUCUCUCCUCCUCAGUCCUCCACUUCGCUUGGCCCUAGGUUCAGUACCGCUUCAGCUCCCCAUCCCCUGUCCACUGGCACCCGCACAACUGUGGUGACAAGCCACUCUCCGGCCAUGACAACAGGUCAGUGCCAGCUUGGGACCACCUGGAAUGGAAAAGAGUGUGUCUGUGAGCAAGGCUUCUUUGGCGACCAGUGCAAGUCCCUUGUGGACUCCUUCUUCCUAGAAAUCCCGGAAAAAAUCAAUGCCACUGUAGGUGUGACAGUGAAAGUGACUAACAGGAAUUUCACGGAAGACCUGAAUAACGCAUCCUCCCAGGCAUACUGGAAUUUCAUUCAACUAUUCAACAGUCAGAUGGAUAAAGCUUACAUGGGCAAAGACUUUCCCCAGUACAGAGGCGUGAUCGUCAAGAGACUGCUCAACGGCAGCAUCGUGGUGGAUCAUGAUGUCGUCCUGGAGGCAAACUACACUUCAGAAUUUGAGAAACUGUUUAAAAACCUCACUGAGAUCGUAAGGGCCAAGAUUAUGAAUGAGACGAAAAGUGUCCUGAAUGAUUCUGAGAAGUGCAAAGCCCCCUCAAAUCUGUGCUACAGUGAGGAGGCCACUACAGUGAGCACGACUGUGAAGCUGGGCUUUGACCUGCAGGAGCAAUGCACUCAGAAGGCUGCAAAGGAGUUUGCCCAGUUCUACUAUGUGGAUGAGCUGAAAGGGAAGCUAGCCUGUGUGACCAAUUGCACUGAAGGAGCGAAGUUGCAACUGAACUGUCAUGAGGGCAAGUGCCAGAUGCAACGAAGUGGCCCCCGCUGCCUAUGCCCAACCUCGGACACACACUGGUACUGGGGAGAGACCUGUGAGCUGCAAACCAGUAAGAGCCUGGUGUAUGGGAGCGUGGGGGCUGCUGUGGGGCUGCUGGUCCUCGUGGUGGUUGUCCUGACCGUCUUCCUCGGCCGAUCCCAGAGGAAACUGCGAAGGAAAGAGUACAAUCUGUCUCGAGAGUGGCAAGAAGAAGACAUCCCUGGAAGUUUCCAGAACACAGACAUCUGGGAAGGUGAUGAUCUGAAGGAGGACAAAUUCAGCCUGAAAACCCUCUACAGCCGCUUCCGGCCCUCCCUGAAGAAAGUUGACCCCAGCACAGAGCUCCACAUCCAGAGGCCCCGAGUGGUGACGACGGCUCAGUGAGGGGACAGAGAUUCCCACCCCUCCCCCAGAUGUGGGCAAGACGGCAGCAGAGGGCCCACUGCAGGCACCCCCGUCCGUCAGUCAAGAGCAAACAGACGUUCGGGGCCCAGAGUGGCCCUGCUUAGAGCUGCCUGGGCUUGGCCCUGGCCCCUGCUUGAGCCCCGUGUUGCUUCCUUGCCCUCAUCCAGAAGCAUCAAGGAUGCCAGACUCCUCGGCAGCCUUGUUUGCCCCACAUUCUAGAAUUUCCCUACCAAUAAAAAAGCGAGGCUUCAAAUGCACA